AUGUCGACUGACAAGAUUACCUUUUUGACCAACUGGCACGCUACCCCGUACCACGCCCCCUUGUACCUCGCUCAGGCGAAAGGCUACUUCAAAGAUGAGGGCAUCAAAGUCGCACUCCUCGAGCCUAACGACCCUAGCGAUGUUACUGAGAUCAUCGGCUCCGGCAAAGUCGACAUGGGCUUCAAGGCCAUGAUCCAUACGCUCGCUGCCUCCGCACGUGGCUUCCCUGUCUCCUCCGUUGGCUCGCUACUCAACGAGCCCUUCACAGGCGUCGUCUACCUGACGUCCUCGGGCAUUACAUCGGACUUCACGACGCUGCGAGGCAAGAAAAUCGGCUACGUAGGCGAGUUCGGCAAGAUCCAGCUCGACGAGCUGACCGCGCACUACGGCAUGGAGCCGUCCGACUACGAGGCCGUCCGCGUCGGCAUGAACGUGACCAAGAGCAUCGUCAACGGCGACAUCGACGCAGGCAUCGGCCUCGAGAACGUGCAGAUGGUGGAGCUGGAGGAGUGGCUCGUAAGCCAGAACCGCAGCCGCGAAGAGGUCAAAAUGCUGCGCAUCGAUGAGCUGGCCCAGCUCGGCUGCUGCUGCUUCUGCUCGAUCCUGUACAUUGGCAACGACGCCUUCAUCCGCGCGAACCCGGAGAAGGUGCGCGCGUUUCUGCGCGCCUGCAAGCGCGCCACCGACUUUGUCCUCGCGCAGCCAGAGCAGGCGUGGAAGGAGUUUAUCGACUUCAAGAGCGCGCUGGAUUCGCCCACGAACCGCAAGAUCUUCGAGCGCAGCUUCGCUUACUUUAGCCCAGACUUGCAGAACGUGCAGCGCGACUGGGAGAAGGUGACGCGCUAUGGCAAGCGGCUGGGUGUGCUGGAGGAGAGCUUUGCGCCAAACUACACCAACGAGUAUCUCGAGUGGGUGCUCGAAGACGACAGUGCGGAUCCUGCAGGCGAUCAGAAGAGGAUGGUGGUGCUGCAGCAGGGCGUCAAGGAGCAGGGUGGCUUCAAGCGUUUGGAAUCGAUCGCAGCGAAGACAGUCGUCGGUGCUGCUGCGCCUGCGGAGGCUUAG